AGUCUGUUUUUUUAAUUGUUUAAUAAUUCUUACCGAAUAGGUAAUGUUUAUAUUAAUUAUAUAUUAUGUGAACUUUUCAAAAACAAGGUUCUCUGUGUAAAGUAGUGGAAAAAAUAACUCAAACAAUGCUUAAAUCAUUUUUAUUCCUGCACUGGUCACCUCAAACUCCAUUAAUUCCUACUUACUUACUACACCCACAGAUUAAUAUACAUACUUUACAAAGUAAUAAUCGUUGCUGUAAAAAUAACAAACUCUUUAGAUAAUAAUUAUUUAAAAAAAAGUUGCACUAACAUGUACCUUUAUUUUUCGUGCUUAUUUUGACGGUGGAAGAAGAGAAACACAAUUUUCACAAGUAAGAUAACAUGAUACAUAAAAACAAUAUUACAUUCGACAUAUGUUUAAACUAUGUUCAAACCAGUCACAACAGUUAAGGUUAUAUAUAAAACUCUUUCUAAUAUAAUAUAUUUAGUGCAGAGUUGAUAGCUUUUUAGUAUGAACUUGCCGAAUGGGUUUGUUUUUUCUUAGUAGUAAUGACAUUGAUAGUUGACAUAUAACCUUCCAAGAUUGAAGGCUGGUAAAUUUUGUGUUAAAUAAAAAUAUUACAACCUUGUGUUAACUGUUAAUGUAAAUGUAAACUUCUUGCUGUUGGUUUGUUUUUUAAGAUUGAAACUAAUUAAAUAUUUGUUCAAAUUGUAUAAUAUAUUAUUAGUUUUUAGCAGAAAGUAUUUUUUUAAACCUUACCAAACUAAAUAUUGAAAUAUGACUGCGAAAAUUGAUCAGAAAGCAUAUCUACAAAAGUAUCUGAGUGGCUCAUCUGAUAAAAAGAAGAAGAAAAAGAAAGUUGUUAAAGGGAAAGGUUUCAAGAUCAUAGAUGAUGACCUGGAUCUGUCUAAACUACAAGAAUUACAGGGAGAUGAGUUAGAUAUAUUAGAUCAAGGCGAGGAUGCUCCACAGAUAGCAGGGAUCAUUGAUGAACGACCUGAGGAGGUUAAAAAAGCAGAAUUAUUCAAGAGCAGCUCAAAAUGGAGAGUUGUUACACAGGAUGAUGGCUUCAACACAAAACUCAGGGUAGAAGAAAUAAAAAGAGAUAUCAAGGAGGUUGAAAAAGAAAAUGAGGUUAUUUUUGGUAAAAUGUUUAGUGAUUCAGAAGAUGAAACCAAAAAUGAUUCAGACCCAUCAGCACAGAGGAAACACACUGAUGAAAGAAGUUUUACCCCAAAAAAGCCAAGAAGUGCAAGUGAUAGUGAUUUUAGCUCACCAAGACAAACAAAGAAAAGUAGAGAACUAACACCAGAAAAAAACUCGAGAAGGUAUAAAAUCUCAAGUCCAAAAAGAAAUAGAAAUGGUGAUGAUUCUGACAUAUCCCCACCGAGAAAGCAAUUAAAAGGUAAAUUGAAGAAUAGAAGAGAUAGUGAUUUAAGUCCCCCACGCAAAAAAGAUGGAAGCUCUUCACAAAAUAAUUGUAAGUCAGAAAGGAGGAAAGAAAGAAAAAGUAGAUGGGAUAGUGUUAAUGAUAAAUACAACAGUCAAGAUAGAUCAAAUUCAAUUUCUCCUAAAAGAUUAAAAAAAUCUACUAAAAGUAAAAAGCAUGAACAAUCUGACUCUGAUAGUUCUCCAGAGAGGAAGUCACAUAAAAAUAAAAGGAAUGUAUCUGAUUCUGAUUCAUCACCCCCAAGAAAACAGAAAAAAUAUAUAAGAUAUGAUUCUACAUCAAGAAAAGAGAAACAGCCACAAGAUUACAGACAUUGCCCUGAAUCAUCAUGCUCUCGAAAGGAAAGAAAUGUGCAAAAGACAAAAGAUCAUCAUAAAAAUGGAAAUCUCUCCAGAAAAGACGAUUCAUCUACAAGAAAAGCAAGUAAAAAUAAUGAAAGUGACGACUCAGACCUAUCUCCACCAAGAAAAGAACAAAGACAAAAGGAACACAGUGAUUCAGACUUAUCUCCACCAAGAAAAAAUAAAAAAAAUAAUGACUUCGAUAUAUCACCACCGAGAAGAGAUAAAAGAAAAGAUUAUCAAAACAGCCCUCCGCCAAGUAAUAAAAAAAUGGCUAAAACAUUAGAAGGGAAAAUGGCAGGACUACAAGAUGCAAAACAGUUACGGCAAGAAAAUGAAUCAUUUAGACAAAGAGAAAAUGAAGCUUACAGUAAACUGACUGAUGAUGUAUCAGGAAGAAAUGCAAAAGCUGUGUCCAGAAAAAGUAAACGAGAAAACUCUGAAGAACGUCAAAAACAAAAGGAGAAAGCAGAAAGACAAAAAGAGUUAGAUGAAAAAUACAAGAAAUGGAGUAGAGGAUUAAAACAAAUAGAGGAUCAAGAAGAAAGAGUACAAGAGUACAUAAAAGAAGCAGCCAAACCACUUGCCCGGUACAAAGAUGACAGAGAUCUGGAAGGCAGGCUGAAGGAUGUUGAACGGGCUGGAGAUCCUAUGUUGAAUUACAUUAGGGACAGGAAAAGAGAAAGGGGAGAGUUGGCACCAGCAAAACCGGCAUACAAGGGCAAUUUCCCACCGAACAGGUUUAAUAUUCCCCCUGGUUAUCGAUGGGAUGGUGUUGACCGGUCAAAUGGUUAUGAGAAGAAAUUCUUUGACCAACAGAGCAAGAAAAAGGCAUUGGAAGAAGAUGCUUAUAAGUGGAGUACAGAAGAUUUGUAAAUGUUACAAAAAGUGCCAGAAACGAGUUGAGAGAAACUACAUGAAAGUAAUCCAGCCUCCAUCUUCAAUACAAAGUCACUUAAUAAGAAUCUUUUGAUGUGUUUUAUUUAUUAUAUUUUAAUAUUGUACCCUGAACUAGACAUAUUAAAAUAAAUAUAAACAACAUUACCUCAAAAUUAAUCAACUUGUCUUAAAAGGCACAAAGUGUAAUUGCUAAAUAAUGUGAAAAAUAUUUUUAAUAUUACAUUUAUGUAAAUAAAACACUUAUGAAUGUAUAAACUGUUUUAUUAACUGUUAAAAUGGAAUAAACAUGGCUAUUAAUAUUGUACAUAUAUCCAAAUCUAAUGAACAUUCAAUGUAAAUAAGAUAUUAUGUACUUCGCGAUAUAACAUUCCUAUAGUACUCCCCUGUGCACUUUUUGAAUAAUAAAACUAGUCCUCAUAAAAUUCCUAUUAUAUACCAAGGGAGUUUAAGUAUUACGUCACGAAAUUUUUGGAGGACCCCCCCCCCCCCAUGAAACGCCGCCAUAACGUUUUCUAUAUCCAUUAGUAAAACGUUUCGUGAUCACCUCCAGUGACUCUUUAUACCUAAAACUUACCAUUAUGUGGUGUAAAGUACUGGAAAGUGGAAAAUAAUAUUAACAA